AUGGUACCAGACAGGGGGCCAGUCACCUCCGCCGUGACCUUGGUCAUGAUCGUGAUUGCCACCGUCUUUGUCGCCGCAAGAUUCUUCACCAGGAUAUGGUUGGUAAGAUCCGUCAAACAAGACGACUGGUGGAUUCUAGCUGCUUGGGUCUUCGCCGUGGGCUUCUCAGCCUCGAUAUGUGUCGCUGUCAAGUAUGGUCUGGGCCGCCACAAGGUCGACAUCCCCGAGUCCUCCUUCCCGUCGUUGCGAAAGGCCGAGUACACCUUCUCCAUCCUCUACAAUCCGGCCCUCAUGCUCACCAAAACCUCGAUCAUUGCUUUCUUCCUCUCUGUCAUGAGCAAGGAUGUUGAUCCCGUCUUCAAAUGGUGUAAUUGGUUGACCCUUGCCGUCGUCAACGUCGUCGGCUUGGCCUUGACCUUUCUCAACAUCUUUCAGUGUCGACCUAUUGCCGCUGGCUUUCAGUAUCCCACCCCCGCCGACGCCAAGUGUACUGACAUUGUCACCCUGUACCUAUCCUCCGCGCCCGUCAACAUCAUCACCGACAUUGCCUUGAUCUUUUUGCCCAUGCCAAUUCUCACCAAAAUGCGACUUCCACGCAAACAGAAAAUCAUCUUGGUCGUGACUUUCAGUGUUGGCAUCUUUGUCGCCAUCGUUGAUGUUAUUCGCAUUGCCUACCUUCAGAAUGCCACUCUUAAUCGACUGUCAUCCCCCGAUGCCGAGUCGUCCCGUCACCGCAUUGUGGAAGACAAUGACUUCUCUUGGUAUGCCAGCCUCAGCUUCAUGUGGUCCGCGGUCGAAGUCAGCCUAGGCAUAAUCUGUGCCUGUGUGCCCAGCCUCAAAGCCCUGUUCUUGAGGUUCAUGCCGCGCUUCAUCAAGGACGAUGGUAUGACCUCAAAUGACAGCUUCGAAGACUCACCUCCAGCACCAGCAAGUGUCCCUUCUAACAACAAUUUCUCCGGCAAUGCAUCGAUGCUCAACAAUCCGGCUGCGUUCAGGAAACCAAGCGUCAAGGAAUACGUGGGCGAUGACGACGGCGACCAGAUGGGCUUCCUCAACAUGCUCUCGGGUCCGGUGGAAGACGAUCACCUGCAGCUAUCCAGAACAACAACGACACUAUCUCGUCGAGCCACCAACAAGAGCACCGCCUCAGAUUUUGGCUUUGUCAAGAUGUCAGGACGCAGAAACAUGUUGAAACUGAGCAAUCGGGAAAGUCUUUGGCCUAUUGCCGUGGUGACGGUGAUUUUUUUCUUGUGGGGAUUCGCGUACGGUCUACUUGACACACUAAAUAGUAGGUUUCAGCAGGUUGCUCACCUAUCGACACAAGAGGUUCUUGGCCUUCAUGCUGCAUACUUUUCGGGAUAUCUGGUAGGACCCUUGACGCUUGGUCGCUUUAUCAUGAAGCGUUAUGGAUUCAAAGCCACCAUGAUUGUGGGUCUGAGUGUGUAUGGGUGUGGGACCUUGGUUUUCUGGCCAUCGGCCGUCUUAACCUCGUACGGAGCCUUUAUCGUUUCCAAUUUCAUCGUGGCGUCGGGUUUGUCGUGCCUGGAGAUUGCGGCAAAUCCCUACACUGCCUUGUGCGGUCCUCUCGAAUAUGCUGAGGUGCGCUUGAAUCUGUCCCAAGCGUUUCAGGCAGUGGGUACGAUUUGUUCGCCACUGCUCGCAGCCAAAGUCCUUUUCAAAAGUGUUGCCAGUGCAGCGUCCUUGGUGGAUGUGCAGUGGACGUACCUGGGAAUUGCCAUCUUCGUCUUCCUCCUGGCGGUGGUGUUCUACUAUAUCCCAUUGCCGGAAGCCACAGAUGAACAGCUCGAGGAACUGGCAAAUCGUCGGACAGCGGCAUAUAAUGCCAAAGUUGGACCAUGGAAAGUGGUCUACGUAACUUUGGCACUUGGGGUGGGCGCCCAAUGGUUUUAUGUGGCACUCCAAGAGUCGGUCGGCAACAACCUCCAGCCCCUCGUUCAACUGGUUCACCCAACUUCGAAUCUGCGUCCUUUUGAUUUCCAGACGAUUGCACAUACGGUCUUCGCCGCAGGAAGAUUUCUGGCGGCCUUUCUCAAUUAUGUCAUCAAGCCACGAUACAUUCUCGUUGUCCUUUAUGUCGGGUUGAUCACAUGUUUGGCGCUGACUUUGCAUCUGGGAGGGACGGCGGCAGCGGCUAUUGCAGUCCUAACCUUUGCGUUUGAAGCGGGUAUAUUUUCUAUCAUCUUCGCCAUCUGCAUGCGUGGACUCGGGGCCCACACCAAGACGGGAUCAGCUUUCAUGACGGCGGCCAUUUGUGGGGGUGCGGCUUUUCCACCAUUGCAAUGGGGCGUGGCAAAUCAUCGGGGACUGCAAUAUUCAUACUGUAUCCCCUUGGUCGGUGCGGCGUGCGGAUUAGUAUUUGCAUUAUACCUGAACGUGGUGCCCGCAGCACGGGUUCAGGUGGACCCUAUCCACGAGCGAAGAAUCGAUCGACGGGAGCGGAGGAUGAUGCGGCAGGAGAGCGCGCAAUCGAUGCAAGAUGCCAGCACACGACAGUUUGGAUUGGGGGGGAUCAUGGCACGGCGUCGCAAGAAAAAGCAGGGCGAACAGAAACCCUCUGUGGAGCAUGUGGAACGACAAAGCUUGGCAUCACCGUCAUCGACGGCGGGGGGAAUAUUGGAUGUUUUUAAAGACAAAGGCUUGGACGAGCCUCCACCGGUGCAGUUGAAACAAACCAAAGGUCUAGUGGCCGAGCUUGCAUUGUGGCCCGGUGAUGAAAGCUCCGAAGCAAGCGGCAGCGGCAGCGGCAGUCGCAGUCAGCAUCUGGAUGGGGAAAAGCAUGAAUAUAAUGUUUCCGGAGUCAGCGGACGGGACAAAUCACAUGGAAUGGGUACAGAGCUGCGUGUGACCAAACAUCGGCCGGUAUGGGAUCGGGACAACGAGGAUGAUAGCGGAGAUGAAGGGAUCGACGAUUAUCACGCCAUGAUGAGGAGAAUGUCCAAAGGGUAG